AAGGCCAGAGCAUGGAGCUGCCAGAUCCGGUCCGCCAGAGGCUGGGAAACUUCAGCCGGACCGUGUUCAGUGACUCCAGCCGGACCGGGCCGGAGUAUAACGAGGGUCCGGGGGACACAGGUUCGAGCCCUGGUCCAGGAAGAUCCCACAUGCCACGGAGCAGCUAAGCCUGUGUGCCACAACUACUGAGCCUGCGCUCUAGAGCCCACAAGCCACAACUACUGAGCCUGUGUGCCACAGCUACUGAAGCCCACGCGCCUAGAGCGAGAGCUCUGCAACAAGAGAAGCCACCGCAAUCAGAAGUCUACACACCACAACCAAGAGUAGCCCCCGCUAGCCACAACUAGAGAAAGCCCAUGCACAGCAACGAAGACCCAACACAGCCAAAACUACAUAAAUAAAUUAAUUUUAAAAAAUAUUUAUUUUAGAGCCUUUGUAAAUUCUUUCAUUUAGAGCAGUGGAUUUCAAAAUAUAUAUCUGCUCUUAAAUUGUUGGAAUUUAGUCAAAUUGAGGAUGCAUUUGUAGGGCCCAAUUUAAAAAAUCAAAUUCUUAAUUUAGGACCCUUCUCCUUAUAUGAAAGCAAAAGGUACUAUGUAAUCAGCCUUAGAUAAAUGAAACUCAUGUAUCAUGAAUGGCUACACCGGUAAUGCCCUUAUAAUAGUAUGUUUUCAUUCAUUCAUUAAUGAAUUCAUUAAUUCAUUCUUUCUGCUUAUGCAUAUUUUGUAUUUUCCAUGUGUAAAGCAAGAUGCUAGGUUCUAUGAUGGCCUCAAAUUUGGGUAGAAUGUGGUCUGUGCUUACAAUGAGCCUGUGUAUAAGUAAAAGAGAAGGAAAAAGGACUCAUAUUUAUUGAGUGCCUACUAAGUGCCAGGCAUAGUGCUAGGGUGAAGUAAUUUAUAUUAUCUUUACUCUUCACAAGCAACCUGUGAGGUAAUUUUAUUGUUACUGUUUUACAGGUGAAUAAAUUAAGGCUCAAAGAGGUUAAAUAAUUUAUUCCAAGUCUGGCAUCUAGAGUUCUGAGGGAGUUUGGGGGGCUCCGGGUUUACUUGGACUCCAGAGCUCAUUGUCUCUUCAGUAACCAGAUUGUGUCUCAAGUGAGGGGAGUGUGGCUCUUUGCUAGCACUUCUUACACAUAGACUAGAGUGAUAAGUACCUAGAGGGGAAAGAGAUUUCUGCUGGAGUGGGGGAAUGGGAUCAAGAAAGGAUUUAUGGAAAAAGUGGCAUUGAAUUGGAUAUGAAUGAACAGGUAGGAUUAGGAUAUGCUGAAAAGGGGUGUCUGUUUAAUUAUAAUUUGGGGAGAUUAGAUUUUGCAUGAGAUUAGUUUAUAUGUGAGCGAUUAGUUGUUAUGUAUUUUAUGUGUUCAUUUCAUAGGCUCUUUACACAGAACUCUACAAAGGAGGUAAUGAUUAUUAUUGUUAUCUGUUCAAUAGGAUUCGUAUUGAUAUUCCACAUUUAAUUUAUACCAGUAGUAUGCAAAAAAGUCAGCAGACUGUAAUGGGAAAAUGAUAAAGUAAUUGAAAAAUAUGAAACAUACCCCCAAGUAGCCAACAUAGGAACUAAAUAGUAUUAUGAUGACUAUUUCCUUUCACUGUCAAUGAUUAUAAAUAGGCUUAAAAUUUGGAGUUUCGUUAAGCUGCUGCUAUGGUUAUUAAGUCUAAGGAACUAAAGGACGUAUAGGGCAGAGACCAGGGUUAAGAGUUUGUUCCUUUUCUCUCUCUUUCUUCCGUAGAUAAUGAAAUGGUUUCCAGUUUGGCAUUGCAGAUGUCACUUUAUUUUAACACUUAUUUUUUCCCACUUUGGUGGGUGAGCAGCAUUACGAUGCUUCAGAUGAAGUAUUCAAUCUUGCCUGAUUACUACAAAUUCAUUGUGGUCACCGUUAUCAUCCUAAUAACCUUAAUUGAAGCUAUCAGGUUGUAUCUGGGCUACAUGGGGAACCUGCAGGAGAAGGUUCCUGAGCUGGCUGGCUUUUGGCUUUUGAGCCUUCUAUUGCAGUUGCCUUUAAUUCUAUUCUUGCUCUUUAAUGAAGGCCUAACGAAUCUGCCCUUGGAAAAAGCAGUACAUAUCAUCUUCACUAUAUUCCUUACUUUCCAAGUUGUUUCAGCAUUUCUUACCCUAAGGAAAAUGGUAAAUCAGUUGGCAACUCGUUUCCACCUCCAAGACUUUGACCGGCUCUCUGUGAGCAGAGGAGACAUGAGAAGAGUGAGAUCCUGUAUAGAAGAGAUUUGACCCAGUGCUGUUGAGUGAAAAUCUGAAAGAUCAUUCUAGAAAACUGCAGGAAUUAGGAAAACACGAGAGGGCUAGCACGAGAAAAAGGAUAAAGCAAGUGUUUUGAACUGUAUGCUCUCUGGCUCUGAAAUUCCAAGGUUGGGGGCAAUGAUAAGACUAUUUGCACAUCACAUGAAAGCAGUAAAUCAACCCUAAAGCCUACGUGUUGUCUACCUGAUGUCAAAUAUCUGAAAUUUUUUGUUGUUGUUGACUUUUUCAGGUGUGUAAAAACCUGUAUUGGUGGCAUUACAUCUUUACUGUAAUAUUUCUAGUUAGUGCCUAUAACUAGAAAUGUGUAUAUUUCUUUUAACCUUGUUGGCUAUCUAUGUGUUGGCAGUAUGUCUGAAGCACGUGGAAAUGCUUGUCAGUAUUCCGAUGUAUUAGACUACAUUUGUAAACUAAGACACCAAAUUUUCAUGUCUGCUAGGGUCUUAGCUGUUAUGCUGAGGUUAAGAAGAAAACAGGUGGAUUAUCAUGCUAUUUAAGAAAUGUUUUUAUUCUAAAAUUGUUACUUUCAUAAAACCGUGUUCAGGGACUUCCCUGGCAGUUUGGUGGUUAAGACUUCACCUUCCAGUGCAGGGGAUGCAGGUUUGAUCCCUGGUCGGGGAGCUAAGAUCCCACAUGCCUCACGGCCAAAAAACCAAAACAUGAAACAGAAGCAAUA